AUGGCUGUUAACAGUGCCACGUCCUUCGUGUUAUCGUCAAUUUUAGCGUUGUUGAUAUUUUCGGGAAUGCAGAUGUAUAAGCCCUUAAUUACAAGAUCUCCACUAACUAUCAUAUUCGGAGGAUAUCUAGGAUCCCUUAUGUUUAUGUUCUUCGUUACUGCAGUUGGUAAUUUAGAAGCAACCUUGUUUGGGAAAAACUUUCAGUUAAAAUUACCUGAGAUAGUGUUGUCUAUGGUGAUAUCAUUGAUUGCUUCAGGGAUGGUGCAUAGGAUCUGUUUUACUACAUGCUUAAUCUUCUCCAUCAUUACUAUAUACUACAUGAAUAAACUAUCCCAGAAAACAUAUGUAGCACCGGUUGCUGCUCCGGCACCAGUCAAAGGUCGCAGACAUAAAUAG